AUGGAAUAUGGAGUUUUAUCAUCAACAAUAAAGCAGUCUGCGAAUGUUGUAUUGCUUGCAAAAGCACAUUUACUUUCUUCAGACUCAGAUGAUAUUGUCCAAAUCAGAACACACUCAGUCGAUCUUUAUUCAUUCAACUCAGAAACACGAAACAUCGAAUUAGAGAGCUCUGCUCCAAUCCAAAAUACAAUUAUUAGUGCACAUAUUGUCACAAAUUGCGACUGGUCCACAGAUCGCGUUGCUUUUGUCACCUCAGAUUUUUCAUUUACCUUACUUUGGUUCGAAAACGACGAAAUCACUACACUCACAUCUACCGAAUUACGUCAUGAAGGUAUUAAGCCUACAAUAUUCUCACCAAUCAUUAGUUCAGGUGGUAAAUACGUCUUCGUUUCUCUUUAUCCAACAUCAUUAUUCUUAAUUACGAUAGGCGAUGCACUUACAGUCAAAGAAAUCCAUUUUACAUCAUUUAUUCCGAUUCGAAUGCAUUACUACGAAAAUCACUUAUUUUUCUUCACAGACAAUCACAAAUUACAAUCAGUUGAUAUUGAAUCAUUCGAUAAUAGUACUAUUGGAUACAACGACGACAUUCUGAAAUCAUAUGAAGAAUUUACUGACAAAGAAGUUUUGUUUUGUUUUCAAUACAUAUCUAUUGUUGAAGAAAAUACAAUCAAAGUUUACGAAUAUUCAGAUAAUUCGUUCAAAAUUCAUCAACAAAUUCCAAACGAUCAUAAAGAAAACAUCACAUUUAUCAACAUCACUGACACCGGAUAUUUCAUUGGAACAAAAGAUCAUAUUUAUUACAAAACAAGUUCAGAUCAUCCAGAAAAAUUUAUUUCUAUUUUUUCACCAAUUAAUUGCAUUGUAUUAAGAGAUAAUUUUAUUUUAGCACAUCAAAAGUACGAACAAACAAGUCUCACAGAUUUAAACAGUUUAACAAUCAAUCGAACAUCGAAAGAUCUCAGUUAUCUUACCAAUGUUUUUAAGUUCAAUGAUUCCGUCACAUCAUCCGAUUCAUUAAUUGUUUCUUCAUCAAGAAAUCCAAGCGAACUUGUUUUCUAUGGUGAAGGCAACAAAAUCGAAAUCAUCGAAGAAGGUAACUCAUCAGAACGGCGAAACAUCGAAAAAGUUUUUGUCAUUGAUGAUUCAGACUAUGUUUUUACUGGUGAUAGUUUUACUGAAUUCAAUCAUCAAGAUAAAUACGAAUCUUUUUGUUGUGACAAACGAACUAAAAGUAUUAGUCAAGAAAUCCAAGUUACCGAAGAUUGCAUUAAAACAUCAACCAUUUCUGUUGAUGGUUUAGAAAUCCAGAACUCAAUCAUUUACAACGAUAUUGUUGUUUUUAGUUCACCAGGUUCAUAUGUUGUCAAAAUCUACGAAUAUCGAAACAAAAAUGAAAUUCACCUUAAACGAGAAAUCGAUGUUUGUGGUGAACCAAGUUGUUUUAUAGUUUUUGGAAAUAAUCUUUUUGUCUCCACAUGGUCCAACAAUAGUGUUUGUGUUUAUAACAUCGACAGUGGUGAACUUAUUUGUAGUCUUUCAUCUCCUGUCUCAUCUCCAUAUGUCAUUCGUUCUCUUUUAUAUGAUGAAAAUAAGUCUGAAUUGUUUAUUGGUACUAGCAGUGGCUAUUUGAUUACAUGCAAAUACAAAGAUCAAUGUUUUGAUACAGACUCCGUCAAAUCCAUACGAAUUUCAUUUUCACCAUUAUCAUUGACAUAUUUACCUCAUCAUCAUUCUAUUUUUGUUUUUUCAACCGAAAAAUCAGGCAUCUGUGAAAUAAAUGAAGAAAACAAACUUGAUUUCUACAAGAGUGAUCUCUUUGGUAUCACAAAUGCAGAAUAUUUCAAUGAUUCACUUAUCAUGAUCAAAGAAGAUGGAACAUACAUGAUUGGAAAAAUCUCGGAUACAAGAGAAUUGGUUGAAUACAAGAGAUUUACAGUUGACGGUUUUGUAAAGUCAAUAAAUCUUCUUGAAGACAGAACAAUUGUUUUAUUGUCAGUUGAAAACGCAGAUAGUUUUGCAUUAUCAUUCUACAAUCCGUAUAAUUUUGUUUUACAAAGAAAAGUUGUCCAAAAGAUCCCUAAUUUCGUGCCAAAUGAUAUGAAAACAGUUGCUUUAAACGGUCACAAUUAUAUCGUUGUGGCUGGCGGUUUGACAAAAGGUGAUAAGAAAGGUGACAGUUAUUUCUAUGAAUAUACUGAAUCAUCUUUAGUGAAAAUCACUAAUAUGCAGUUCGAUUUCGAUGUAACAAGUGUUUCUUAUUCGAACAAAAAAGUGGUUUUCGCAAGUGGAUCAUCUUUGUACGUUAUUAACGUUUCUACCGAUAAUUCUGGCGGUUUGACACUUUCUCCUGAGAACAAACAAGAAGGAAUGAUGCUUUGUGUUGAACUGAAGUCAUUCAAUGAAGACCAGAAUGACGAAAACAGCGAGACAGGCGGACUCUUUGUUUGGAGUGACAUUUUCAAGAGUUGUGGAAUAUUUGAUGCGAAUACAAACCAAAUUUGUCUUUCAAAGAUUGACUACAACUCUAAACAGUUGACUUCAUCUGAGUUCGUUGAUGAGAACUCGGUUAUUUCUUGCGAUGUCUAUGGUGGUGUUUAUUACUUGAAACACCAACCAAGUGAUGAUUCAAGUGAUGACAACAAAUCAUUAGUCACGAAAUCUCUUUUCAGUUUAGGAGAGUUUGUCACGAAAAUAAUGAAAUGGAGACCAUCUAAGCCUGUUGAUAACAUCUACAAGACAUUUGUUGUUUCAACAAUAAAUGGAGGAUUACAUUUAUUGUGUUUGUGUCCGAAAGAAAUUGUUUCUGAAAUCCAGAAGAAGAUGGAUGAAGAAACAGUUUCAUUCUCUGCUUUGACGCCUUACUAUUGCAAUGAAAAGUCAUUCAACUAUGCGAAUGUUGAUGAAAUCGAAGACGAAAAUUUAUCCCAGCAAUCCAAAGAUAUCAUCAACUGGAUGAACUCAUUCAAAGUUGAUUACAUGUAA